GACACUGGGGGUCCACGUGAAGCACAGUUAACGGGAUUCUGAACUCAGUCAGAAGGUAGUUUUUAUCACGUACCUCUCAUUGUAGCUAGCUCUCGCUCCUGAUACUAGUGCCAAGACACCAAAUGGUUCACUUCCUGUACCUAGCCUUUGCUUGUAUGGUUACUGGAACACAAGCUGCCAACUGCACUGAUAUUCAGCAUUGUUCAGAGUGUGAUGAGAAGACUGGGGAUUGUCUCAAGUGUUACCCUGGCUAUUGGGACAAACGGUGCAGUAUCAAGUGCAGCGACGGUUGUCGACAUAAUACGUGUGAAAUCACAGAUGGGGGGAUUGAGCGAUGUUCUGAAGGCUGUGUUACUGGUUUCCAAGGCACAAACUGCAUCAUACCAUGUGAUCCUCCCGUUGAUAAUUGUACAGAAUGUCCUGGUGGGUGUGAGGAAGGAUACUGCAAGCUGAAUUCCACCUGUGUGUCUGGAUGUGUUGACUCCUACUACGGUUCUGGCUGUCGACCUUGCUCCAGCAGAUGUAGAUCCUGCAACAGGAUCACAGGAACAUGUGAGGAGUGUCGCCCUCCAUACGUUGGUCAGGACUGUGAACAUCCCUGCGCAAACUGUUCAGGAAGUUGUGACAGUGAAUGCUUGGAGGAGUGUUCAUCAAUAUUUUACGAAAUGUUUUGCAUUGAACCGUGCAGUGAUAAUUGUAUGUCAAUUAUUGACACAUGUCCACUGAAUUGCAGUGAUAAGGAUACAGUCAACUUUUGUACACCGACUUCUCACAACCAGAGUGGCGAGUGUACACGUGGUUGUGAAGAUGGAUGGUACGGACCCACGUGUUCAUCUCGAUGUGACGCUAACUGUUUUAACCACAGGUGCGAUGUGACAGGUGCCUGUGUUGAAGGAUGUAAGAUUGGAUAUUUCGGGAAAAACUGUACACCGUGUUCUGAGAUGUGCCUCAAUCACACCUGUCACUCAAACACCGGAUCCUGUACAAAUGGAUGCAGCCAGGGCUGGUAUGGGGAAGUGUGUGACCAGACGUGUGCAGUGUGUCGUGAUGGGGUGUGUCAUCAGAAGACUGGAACAUGCAUCAAGGGGUGCACUAUCAGCGGGUGUGAUCCCUCCUGUACAGGCAACUGCUCCAUAGAGGAGUGCCGUCAAGCUGCUCCUUGUAACACAGCUCUGAAGACAAAUGGUAUCAUUAUCAGAAUCCUUGGUAUCAUUAUUGGAAUCCUUGCAGCAACUGUGUUUUGUAUAGCGCUGAGACAGUGUGUGCGUUACCGCAAACGCAUUGCCGCACAAGGGCGUCGUCCACUGGAAGCUGUGAUGGUCAAUGCUACUGGACAGGUGUCACUGCCUACACUGGAGUACCAGGGUCUACACAGAUACUAUGAACUACACGAGGAAGACAUGGACCCGGUGUUUCCCAGGAGAAACCAACUGGAAUCUGGGAUGGUCACUGAUGCUUCACAGGUGCCUACUCAUGACUACCAGGUGAUACACAGGUACUAUGAAAUACAUGAUCAUGAUGUGGACCCAGAGCUCCCCGGGAGAAACACAAACACCCCAAACAACAUGGUGGAGGAGGAGAAGGAGAAGGAGGAAAAGAAAGAGAAGAAGGAGGGGGCGGAGGAGGAGAGCGAACUAGCCACACCCACUCUUGGUGAGUACUUCCCAGUAUCCAGUGAUUUAGGGGACGAAGAGGAGAGCGAAGUAGCCAUACCUGCUCUUGGUGAGUACUUCCCAGUGUCCAGUGAUGUAGGGGACGGAUCAGAGAGCGAACUAGCCACACCUGCUCUUGUUGAGUACUUCCCUGUUUCAAGUGAUGUCAAAGAUGAAAAGGAUGCUACAUCCGGGGCUUCUGCUGAAGACCACUCAUCAUACAUUCGACCAAUACGGGAUGUGUUUGUUGAUGACCCGACAACAGUUGUGACAUAUCUGUCACCAAGGGAGGAUUCACAAUAACUUUUCAUUCUAAAGUGUUCUACUCAAAGUCAACAGAUUUAUCAACAUUAACGAGUGUACCUCUUUCCGUUUUAGCAAAUACCUGUCUUUCUCAGAGUCAUGACUAUUAUCUCACAUAGUUUGCGCUACUUCAAACAACUAUUGAGAAACGGUUCGUUGUAUCGGUGUCGAUCUUGUAAAACAUACCCUACAAGCAGAUGGACUUCCAUUGUCCUUCGGCUUGUGGCAAUGAUCCGAAUCUCUGUGGAUGUCGAGGAAACGUUGUGCUGAUAUGGACCUCGAUAAACGCCAGAUUUUACCUGAUUGAAACUAUGUCCUCAAUGUGUACGGCACAGUAGUUGACAGUCAUCAGGGUGUGGUCUAACGUGUCAGGAGACCAAUGCAGUCAUAGUUUGAUGGCACGGGUAUGGAGAAUCUUGAUCCUAUGUACAGUACAAACAAGUUACAUAGUUACAAGCUUACAUAUACUUUAAUUUUUUUUACUCUUACAAUCUUGCAAUGGAAUCAUACAUACAGAAUAAAUGUAUCCAUGUA